AUGAAUGAACUGAACUUGAAACUUCAGGGAAAGGAUAACCUCAUCUGUGAUCUCUACAGAAUCAUCAAAGGAUUUCGGAGAAAGCUGUCAUUGUUUGAAGCACAACUGGAAGGAGAAAACUUCUCUCAUUUUCACUGUUUCAAAGAGUUUUGCGCUACAAUCGCUGAAGAUGUCAACCUCGAUUUUCCGAAAAAGAUUAUUCGUGACUUGAAGAAGCAUUUUUUGAAGAGAUUUUCAGGUCUUGACAGAAUUGAGAGUGACAUUCUUCAGUUCCAGAAUCCGUUUGAUUGUAACCUUGAUGAUGUGCCAGUUGAACUACAGUUGGAGCUCAUCGAUUUGCAAGCAAAGGACUUGUUGAAAGAGAAGCACGGAGAAGGAAAACUUGUUGAAUUUUACCGCUGCUUACCUGAUGUUGAGUUUCCGAAACUGAAGAAAUUUGCCGCUGGUAUGGCAUCACUGUUUGGAACAACUUAUGUCUGUGAGCAAACAUUUUCAAAAAUGAAGUAUGUGAAGUCAACACAUCGAACGAGAUUGACUGAUGAACAUUUGAAAGCAAUUCUCUUGAUUGGAUGCAGCAAUUCCAAACCAAACAUUGAUGAUAUCUUGAAAGCCAAACGUCAGUUUCACAAAUCUCACUAA